AUGCUGAAUACAGAGAAUCCGUAUGUGAUGCUCCGACAGAACCACCAAGAACUCGAGGGAAAUGACCGCUAUGAGGGCUUCUGUGUGGACAUGCUGAAGGAGCUGGCAGACAUUCUCAAGUUUAAGUAUCGCAUCCGGCUGGUGGGGGACGGCGUCUACGGUGUUCCCGGAGCUAACGGAACAUGGACGGGCAUGGUUGGAGAGUUAAUCUCAAGAAAAGCAGACCUGGCAGUCGCAGGCCUGACCAUCACAGCAGAGCGUGAAAAGGUGAUUGACUUCUCCAAGCCUUUCAUGACCCUUGGUAUCAGCAUCAUGUACCGCGUCCACCUGGGACGUAGGCCAGGCUACUUCUCCUUCCUGGAUCCCUUCUCACCGGGUGUUUGGCUCUUCAUGCUUCUGGCCUACUUGGCUGUCAGUUGCAUUCUCUUUCUGGUGGCCAGGCUGACACCUUAUGAAUGGUACAACCCCCACCCUUGUUUAAAGGGACGCUGCAACCUGCUGAUCAACCAGUACUCGCUUGGCAACAGCUUCUGGUUCCCAGUUGGAGGCUUCAUGCAGCAAGGAUCCACCAUUGCUCCUAGAGCUCUGUCCACACGUUGUGUGAGCGGAGUGUGGUGGGCCUUCACAUUAAUCAUCAUCUCCUCCUACACCGCCAACCUGGCCGCCUUCCUAACAGUGCAGAGGAUGGAGGUACCGAUAGAGUCAGUAGAUGAUCUGGCAGAUCAGACGGCGAUAGAAUAUGGCACCAUGCACGGUGGAUCCACGAUGACCUUCUUCCAGAACUCCCGCUACCAGACGUACCAGCGCAUGUGGAACUUCAUGCAAUCAAAGCAGCCCAGCGUGUUUGUGAAGAGCACAGAGGAGGGGAUCGCCCGUGUCCUCAACUCUAACUACGCCUACUUGCUGGAGAGCACGAUGAAUGAGUACUACCGCCAGAGGAACUGCAACCUGACUCAGAUUGGAGGACUGUUGGACACUAAGGGCUAUGGUAUCGGCAUGCCGCUGGGGUCAGUGUACCGUGACGAGUUCGACCUAGCCAUCCUCAAACUGCAAGAGGACAAUCGUUUGGAGAUCCUGAAGAGGAAGUGGUGGGAUGGCGGCAAGUGUCCAAAAGAGGAGGACCACCGUGCUAAAGGUCUAGGGAUGGAGAACAUCGGUGGCAUCUUUGUGGUGCUGGUGUGUGGCCUGCUGGUGGCAAUCUUCAUGGCAGUGCUGGAGUUUGUCUGGAUGUUAAGGCACGCGCCAGGAAAUGAGCAGUCAGUGUGCGAGGAGAUGCUGCGGGAGCUCCAGGGGAUCGUUCUGUGUCGCGACAGCCUGCAGGCGAGGCGCCGCCGGGCGGCGUCGAUGCUGCGGCCACGGCCCUUACCUCUGGAGGAACGUCGGGCGCGAGCUGCCGCUGUCAGCCUCAGCAACGGAAAACUGUGCGGGGGCACGGGACUGCCUGAACCCCUUUCCCACAGACUGGCGCAGGAGGCUGCCCUGGUCGCGAGGGGGUGCAGCCACAUCCGCAUUUGUCCCGAGUGCAGACGCUUCCAAGGACUGAGGAUGCGCCCCACAGGGGGCCCAGGGGCCCUCCCAUCUCCCACUCACAGUGAGGAGAGCAUAGAAUGGGACAAGACCACAAAUAGCAGUGAACCUGAAUAACGCCCCACAAUUCCAGCAGGACUGCCUUUCCCAGCAGCCACCUCUCUUCUUUCCAGGGAUCAAAGAUCAUGUGGCAUUUUAAUUCUGCCAUCCAGAGUUUAUCCUUAAAGGACAGGACAAUGCUGUGGACUUUCUUUUACCCCUGAGGCGACCGCCAGCAGUGAGUUUUUGGAAUCUCUCCUUGGGCGAACUUUUUCCUUGGUCAUAGGAAAAACUGAUGAGUCUGUCUCGUUGUGUUCUGUCCCUGGUGGCCCUCUGUACUGUGUAAAACAGGACAGACAAAAACAGCUACGGGGCAUUUGUACUAUGCAGUAUUUCCAGUCAUUUAUCAUUGUGCUGUUUCUUUUCUUUCCUUUUUAAAUUAUUUCUGUCCUCUGUUGGAUUAUCAGUACUGAAUAUUGUUAUUCUAUUGUUAAAAAAAAACAAAAAAACUUUAAACAAGGUCCUUUUUUUAUCUGACAAUUUACUCUAGGAACGUAUAUUGCCUCUGAAGAGCUGCAGAGAUGGACAGAUUAAGGCAAGGUCAACCUUCACGUUCUUUUGUUUUGAAAGUGCCAAAAACCACAAGCAUCAUCUUGUGGCUGAAGAAAGCACCACAGCCUUGAGAAGACGGCAAACUCAUGUGAACAUAGAAAACAAAAGGACAGACAUGCGGACACAAAGACUCCUUUUAUAGUAGUGAUAUUCUAUUAAAAAAUGUUUUAACUGUUGGGAUCUCUGAAAGACAGUGAUGCAUGUCCAGAGGUGUUGGCCAGUGCUCACUGAAUGAGUCAUCCUGAAGUGGUUCUAGGGUAGUCAAGUCAAUUUAAAGAAGGAUUUUCUCUUUUGAAUACCUGCUUAAAAACAUGAUGUCUACGCACACAAACGUACAUGCACAGAGACAUCCUCUUAUAUCAUCCCUCUUCUGUGCACUGACAUUACUUUCUCCUCCAUCUGUCCUCCAUGUCUGACCCAUUUAUUGUCCUUGCACCAGUCCCCUUUAUGCUCUCUUGCUUACAAAUAUAUCCAUUGUAAGUUAUAAGACAUCAUUUUUUUUCUUUUUUUUUCCAGCUUACAUAUUCAGUAUGUGUAUCAAACCCAGCAUAUAUUAGAACCAACCAAAAACAAAGUCCUCGGUAGAGUGAAGGGAUUUUUAUAUCAGCAGUUGGCUUGGCUUGUUUUAAAUGUCAGCGCAGUUAAACUUUUAUUGAAAGUGAUAUUUUACACACUGCUCGUAGGAGACAGCCUGGGUGCACUCUGACAUUUUGAUACUAUAAUUUUUUGCAAAAAACCCCAAACCAAACUUAGAAUACAUUAACCAGGCUAAAACGUGGCGGAUAUUUAAUGCAAAGUGAUGCAGGAGGAGCUGAAACACACUUAUUUUUCCUUUCCCCACUACCAAAGUAUUUGAAAUGAUUAAAGUCAGUUACCUUGAUUUGCUUUGCGUCAGCCAUAACUUGAAGAAGUGAGAAUCCACCACCAGCAGCACGAGUCUUAAAAUCGCCUCACUUUCUGCUCGCAUUACAGAGACAUAUGGCUUAUUUUCCUGCUGUACCGGCUGGUUUGAAGGUGUUUCUGUACGAUAGCCCGACCGUUUCACAGCGAGAAUCAACGGUCAUCCAGCUGUCUGCUCCGCUUCUUGCUUAUCUUUGAUGUGCCCAUCAUUUUAAAUCUGCCCAUCAGGUUCUGUCAAUCACCAUCCCUCAAAACCAGGCUGCCAACACGACACAGCUUGAAGGUACCGCUGCAGCGUCUCUUGUUCUUUUAUUAGCCACGAAAGCUUUCUGCCUCCAUCCUUUUUCAUCUGCAGGUUUUCAUGCUUGGAAAUUCAUGCAUAUUAUCAUUUAUCAUCCUGUAGUAGAACACAACAUAUUUUGAUCACUCUGUCGUUUAAAUGAACGUUUCAUAUUCAUGGCAACAAACUCUGCACAUCUUCAAAUACAGUACAUCUAAUCCUCCAGUAAGGAGCUGCUGUGUUAUCGACCCACAGAAUUGUGUGUAUUUACAGUAUAAUCAUCGAUAUAAUCAUGGAGGUGCCCGGUAAUGUGUGUUUUAUUAUUGCAGCAGUAAACUCAUUUGGUGUUCAUUAUGUUCAUAGGACAGAGAGAUGCGCACUUAGGUGUGUGCAGUGAUUUAAUGGAAACAUUUAAACGCACACAGACACACACCAUGCAGAGUCAUUCCCAGGAUCCUCACAAACAGUUAAUGUACACUUUCUGUAGCUCCAUAUAUAAUAACAGGUUUAAAUCAAAUUGCCAAGCAGAUGGCAAAGAAAGAAGACCCACAAUUCAUUGUUUUUUUUUAAUGAAAGGUAUUUCUAUCCAUUUGCUGAAUGUCCCUAAGAAACUCAUGAGAGUUUGAAGGCUCUCGCUGCUCUCAGUGCUAACUUCUUAAACACUCAAAACAUUUACAGGGGGUGCUAAAUCAAGCGUAGUUGGAAUGAGAUUGCCAAUUACCUUGAAGGCACGAAGAGCAGUAGAGUAAGAAUUAAAACAAAUCCCACAGAAACACUGGGCGACCUUCUCUGGGAGACCACUGAGAGACGGCUCGGUUUGGCUGCUAUGUUUUAUAUGCUUUAUUUUUCUUAUGUUGACAUUUUUAUUCCAUUAUAAAUACAUUUCUUAAAACAAUCUCAAUUCUCUGGGAUUGCUGGCUUUGUCUCCUUUGUUUUUUUGCUGCUGUGAUGUAUUUGACCUUCUGGGCUGUUUAGAUAUGUCAUGCUAAAUAGCUUCUGAGUGCGCUUUCUUUUUUUUGUUUUGUUUUUUGGGGGUUUGUUUUAGGUGAGGAGGGGGGCAUUAUACAACCGGGAGAAAUAUGCAGAGCACGCAGCUGCUUUGUUGUGACAUAUACGCAUGCAGAGAAGCAUCAGGGACGUAUGGGUUUCUGGAUGAGUACACAGAACAACUAUCGAGUGAACCAGAAGGAUCUGAUGCACCCACAUCUCGUUUCUCCCCCAUAACUGAAUUAACGUCUGCUCACUUGUGAAUCCUUUGAACAGCUGAGAAUUUGUGUGGGUAGGCAGUCUAACAGAGGCUAAUGAGUUUAACAGCUCGCUCAUGUGCUGUAUAAGCGUCCACUCACUCGUAGCCCAUCUAUCACUGUGAUUUUUCAGUGGAUAUUUCCGUCUCCUCGGGACAGUGAUUGAACGCCACACAACACCCUUGGUCUGAUUUAUACUUGAAUUCAGACUGCAUCUCCCUCUCCUCUCCUCUCCUCCUCGAGUGCCUGCCUCACAAUCUUCCCAUUGCAGCGUUAGAGAUGACAAGUUUUCUUUUCAGUUUGUCACCACCCACAGCACGCGCACACAUGCAUUAAAAGCGUGACACACUAAACACUCACCGCCACCUGUAUGUCACAGCUGUGUCAACUUUAUUUUAUCGUGCUCGUGCUUUUCCUUUUUACCCCUGGUGCUCCAGGUUCAUGAAUUAAGCGCAUCUCUACCCACCCUCUGCCUAGCUGCUGUUGGAUUUAUGGAGCACAUGAUGAGCAUUGAGUGCCUGCAGAGGUGGGUGAACAAUCUACUUCACUCCUCGAGCUCACCCAGCUGUAGCACAUAGCAAUACCAGUUUCCUUGUAGUUGAUUGCUGUCGUGCAAGGAUUAAGGAAUUACAGUGUACCGUGUAGUCACCCUAACAGCUAACAUCCACAUACACUUGGAAGAAUAGCUUGUUCCAUGUUUGUUUUUUGCUUCUUUUGGGGGGGAACCUGUCUAUAACAUUUUGGGAUAUUGAGAUUAUUUAAAAAAUAUAUAUAUUGUCUAUACUGUUGCAUUUAGUAUGACUUUACUGCCUUUAUAAGAUGGUAAUUAUUGAAUCUAUUCAUUUUAUUCCUGCUAAUAUUGCAUCCCUCUGUCAAACAAUUGCUUUUUCCUAACAGACACCAGAUUUUCCAGGGGUGGCAGUAUUCAUAACAGUAUUCAAGACAAGGCUACAC